AUCCAUAUGGGGGCGUCUGAUGUAUCAACAGCGUCAAAUUUCAAGAACUCUUUGAUAAUUAAUCUAGUACUAUAAUCAAAGAACAGAAUUAGUCGACUCGGUGUCGUUGGUUGGUAACAAACAAUAUGAAAAUAUUAAAUGUAUUUGGACUUCUCGCUAUCCUUUGUGCUAAUUUUGAUAAAUUUUACGUUAUCGCUAAUACAAAACGUACAGAUGUAGUGAUACGAGAAUGUAAGCUUUUAGAAAAUAAUUCGCCAGUAAUGCGCCUUAAAAAACAUCUUUUUUGCAAAUAUGAUUUUACUGUUAAUCCAAAUUAUCCCAAUACGACCAAUAUCACUUUGAGGUUAAUACCAAGUUUAAUAGAUAUGGAUGAAAACAAUGCUAAACUAAUACUGCACAGCUUGGUAGUAUUUUCUUGGAUGGAUACGCAACUUACUUGGACACCGAGCGAUUACGAAGAAAUCAAUUUUAUUAAAAUAAAAUACUGGCAGAUCUGGACACCGGAUCUGAUUGUUAAUAAUUCCGCCGAUAUGUCGUAUGAGGGACAUGUGAUAUCUUGGAAGGGAUGCAUACUCUUUAACUCGGGCGAAGUUUUGUGUGUUCCCAUGGCAAAAUUUAUUUCCAAAUGCAAUCCCGAUUAUACCUAUUGGCCCUAUGAUAAACAUAAAUGUAGCAUUACGUUUAUUUCAUGGAACUUCAUGGGAGAUAAAACCGAUUUGGUGACAAGCGGAGUUAAUAUGACCGAUUUUAUGGAUAAUGUAAUAUGGGAUUUCAAAUAUUUAAAUUAUAUAAAAGAAAGUAAAAAAUAUAUGUGCUGUCCGAAUGAUACGUUCUCAAGGAUCACUUAUAACUUUUUGUUGACGCGCCAUGGCAAACAUCACUUGGUUAUUAUUACACUAGCUAUCGUUUCGAUACUACUCACUUCAACUGUGCUUUGCCUCGAUUUAAACUCUGUUGAACGAAUAGCAGUGGCGAGCGUGAAUUUUAUUUAUCAUUUGUUAUGCACGUACUUUCUGCACUGGAAUCUGCCAUAUAACGGUGUUAAUCCUCCUAAUAUAAUGUUAUUUUAUCGUGCAUCCAUGGGGUUAGCUUCCUUCGCAAUAAUCCUGACGGCCUUUUUACGUAAACUGGAAAAUAUGAGCACAGAAGUACCAAAUUGGAUCUCGUUUAUCACAACAUUUGUUUUGAGCUAUAAAGCUGGACGUUUUCUAAUCUUCAAAAAUGACAAAUCCAAAAUAGCAGACAAAGAUACAGUAACUGAAGAAAGUUUGGAUUUUCAAAAAUCUGAAAUAAUUAUGAAAAAAUUGUCCUGGAAACAUUUUGCCGCUAUUAUCGACUGGUUAUCUUUUUUUUGCGUAAUAUUUACUUAUAUUAUUAGCUUGAUUAUUCUAGUACCCGAGGAUUAAUGGCAAUAUUGAUGCGCAGUCAUUUAGAUAAAAUAGUUUAAAUAAAAACAGUAUGUUAUAUUUAAUAAUUAUUACGUAUUAUUAAAGUAUCAACAUUUCAUUCUGCAAAGCAGGCAAUAAAAUAAUAAUAGGAUACCGCAUGGUUACUCCUUUGUUUCCCAAUGCGUUCUUUUCUACAUCUCGGAUUGCCUUGUGCAAUAAUCAUUCACAAAAACACAAUUAAUUAUAAUCAUGUGACACUUUUUAGUCAAGUUUUCAAAUUUAAGUAUCUCAAAAAUGUCUCAUCAUGCAUUUUAUUUUAACUUAUUUUUUCAUAUAUACAUAUAUAUGUAUACAUAUAUCAGUAGAGCGACAAAAUACAUAUAAUCAACUGUAAUAAUUUCGCAAUCCCGACGCAUUUUAUCAUUCUUUCCUUACAUUAAUUUAUAACAAAUUCUAAAGAAAAAUUUUCACCAGGAAAGAGUAUCGACAUGUAUUAGAAUAGACCGCUGGUUCUAAAAUUUAAUAGUUUAUAACAUUAAAAAAAAAUUUUCCUAAAUUUUUUAAAUAUAAAUAGUUUUUAAAAUUAUAAGAUAGGCGUAAGAUAGAGCGAGGUAAUUUCAUCAGUUUUAACUUUACAACGAUAUAAAAAUUGAAAAUGUUUCACAUAUCCAGUUAAAUUUUAGACACAACUAAUUUAUUAUUAUUGAAUAUACUAUAUAAUCCAAUGUAAUAAUAUAAUAUAUAGAGACCAUAACAUAUAAAUAUAAAUAUAAAUAUUCUAAUAUUAAAAUAAUUGUUAAAAUAGUAAUGUAUUUUUAGUUAGAAGAACUUUAACCACAGCAGCAAACAAUUUUCCUUACAGUGAAUAUAUUUCCAAAGUUAUAGAGAUAAAUUUAUAGUGUUUUGUAAAGUACAGAUUCGAGAAGCGUCGAGCAGAUAACGGAAAAAAAUAUUCCUUUGGUGCAACAGAAUUCCCAAUGAGAAAUAAUACAUCGAAUCGACAUCGAAAUCAUCAUUUCGAUGUCGAUUCGACGUCGAAUUGAUGUCGAAUUCAUUAUCGUUUCUCGCUGGGUUGGUUCUGUUCCCUAGGAAUCAGACAAAAAUUCGGUUGCAGCAACAAAAAUAUUCUUGUGGACAUUUCUGUCGCUAACACAAUUGUUUUUGGUUAUUUCAAAUGACAGAUUAAUAACAGAAAUUUUCGGUUCCUGCAAUCAAAAGUAUUUGUUAAUGAAAACAGUAUUUUAGUUAAUGCAAAUGAGAUUUGUUAUUGCAACCGAAAUGAACUAAUUGAAAAUUCUGAUUGCUAUAGUCGUUAUUUUUUCUGUGAUAAUUGAAUCUUCUGUUGUGGUAAGCACAUUAAUAAUAGAAAUUUUCGAUUUUUCCAAUCGAAAGCAUUUGUUAAUGUGAACAACAUUUUAGUUAAUACAGAUAAGCUUCAUGUUAUUUCAACUGAACUAAGCCAACUGAAAAUUUCUAGUCGUUACAACUGACUUAAUUUUUCCGUGAUACAAAUGCUUGGCUGGAGAGCAAGACGCGUGUUCCGUUUCUCGAUUCUUCGCUCGAAU